AUGGAAGGUCCUCUUUCGAAAUGGACCAAUAUGGUUCAUGGUUGGCAAUAUCGAUGGUUCAAACUAGAAAACGAUGCAUUGCUCUAUUAUACAUCUCGUGAAAAGAUGGCCAAAGGACAACAAAGAGGUUUGUUGUGUUUUUUUCAAAUAAAAAUGUCUCAAGAGACCCUUUUUGUUUUUUAGGACAAAUUCGAUUAAAUGGCGCACUUGUUGGAAUUGAUGGCGAGAACAAUUCGUUGUUCACUAUAACCGUUGACGGAAAAACAUUUCAUAUGCAAGGCCGAGAUGUUCGCGAAAGAAAUCAAUGGGUUCGUAUUCUCGAAAAUGCUAUUCGAACCUCAAAUGGCUAUAAUACUAACAAAGUGACGAAUUCCGCUGCAAUUGUACAGCAUUUUCGACAACAAACUGAAGAAGCCAAUGAAUUUUUGAAGAAUUUGGUAGAACAAGUUAAAGAAUUGGAACGACAUAAAGGAUCCGACGAGAAGAAAAUUGUUGAUUCACUAAUUGCUUCAAGUAACAAUUUAAUCAAUACUGUCAAGCAUUCUAUUAUUUAUUUGCAGGUUUGGUUUCUAUGCAUUUUUCAAAAAGUAAAGUUGUAGGUUUCCAAGAUACGUUUUUUGAAAAAUGUAGAAAAAAAUAUGAUUGAUGUGAUGAUUCAUGCGAAAAUUUAAACAUAUAUUUUUCAAAAGAAAAAAUUCAGCCCUUUUUUUGUCGAAAAAGGAAAGCCGAUUAAGCUACAAUAUAUAUUACAUAUUUCUAUUUGUUUUAUUCCCCACUCUUUCCAUUUUUUCCAUGAAACAUAUAAAAAAACAUAAUUUUCCGAAAACCCAUAAACUUCCGGCAUAUUUUUUAUGUACAUUUUCGAAACAAAAAAGUUUCAGAUGGUUCAAACUCGCUUGGAUCCCAAUUCGACUACUGAAAAACUCAUUUUUACGCAUCCGGAUUUGAGCGAUAAGGUUUGUGUUUUUUUGCUUUUUGCCAAUAUUUGCUCCAUUUUUUCUGCUCUUCCUUGAUUUCUUUUUCUUCUUCUCCUAUUUUGAGUGCAAACAUUUUUUAGGAGACAUCUUUUUUUCUUAUUUUUCUUUUCUUUUUCAGAAUGUAGUAUAGUAUCACAUCAAGUGAUAAGAGACAAAGAAACAAUAUUUUUCUUUUUUUUCUCAUUGAAAAUCAAUAUUUGCUUCUCUUUUCUCACAAAAUAUUUAAAAAAAAACCAUUUUUAAUUCAAUUUGGAAAUAAUUCAUUUUCCACGUGACCUCUCGAUUUUCGCGUCACUCAAAAAAAACGUGUCAAUUGAAUUUGCUUUCCCAUUUUCUAUCACUCUUUAUUUUGGGGUUUUUCAUAAGUGGGGUUGGUUCCAUAAAAAUGUGUUAUACAAAAAAACGUGUGCUGCAGCCUACACCACCGUCGUCAACUCUCACUACCACCGACGACAUUAAUACAACGUCAUCCAAUUCGGAAACUGGCUCAUCGAAUUUGAAACCACCGCCAGUUUUGUCGGGAGUUCAACACUUGGAUCAUUUGAAACCGCAAAGAGCUGAAUCUUAUGCAAGGUUAGUUGAUGAAUAUUUGACAAGGGAACUCAUUCAAUAUUUGGACAUGAGUUAUGAUUUAUGAGUUAUGACAUUGCAAAGUUUGGCAGUUUUGAAAACAGACUUAUAAUUAGUUUUAACAAUCGAUUCUAUGAAGAUAAAAGAUAUGUUUUCUAGUAUAAACAAGUUAAGGAAAAUAAUUCGAACUUUUUUUUGUAAAGUUUCCAAAAAAGUGUAAAGUCCAACUCCAACCCAGUAUAAUCAAAUUUCCUUAGAACACUUUGUCUUUCGCGCCUCCUAAAAAGCUUUGGACCUGACAAAAAAUUCCCAAUUUUUUUCAGCAGCGACGAAGAAGAAUUCUACGACGCCGACGAAGAAUUGAUUGAUUUAGAUCGAAUUGAAGAGAGUGAGAAGAAAGAGGAGACACAGACCGAAGCUUCAAAAACAAUAAUGUCAUCUGAAGAAGAAGGCUUUGAUUUCGGAGACUCGCACGAGGAUUUCGAUACGAUUUAUAAUAAUGCAGAAGAACAUGACAUUGGAAAUGUUCAGCAAGAACACGGUUCAGUUUUGAUGCAUUUAUUAAGUCAAGUUAGUGUUGGAAUGGAUCUAACUAAAGUCACUCUUCCCACAUUCAUUUUGGAACGUCGUUCACUUCUCGAAAUGUAUGCCGACUUUUUCGCACAUCCUGAUCUUUUCGUCGCCACAAAUGGAUUAGAAUCGCCCGAAAAACGGAUGAUCGCAGUUGUUCGAUAUUAUCUCAACGCGUUUUAUGCGGCACGGAAAAGCGGCGUCGCCAAAAAACCGUAUAAUCCGAUUCUCGGCGAAAGUUUUAGAUGUCGAUAUACUGUGCCGAAUUUGGCACCGAGUGGAAAAAAGACUGAAAGUGGACCAUGGCCAGGAUCUGAUCAAAAUCAAUUGACAUUUGUAGCCGAACAAGUUUCUCAUCAUCCACCAAUUUCUGCUUUUUAUGCUGAACUUCCAGCUAAAGGUUAGUUAGUGAUGACUUUUUUCUAAUUGAAAUAGCGAAUUUUUUGAAUCGGGUCUCAUUUUCGAGAUGUCUCAAUUUUUUGAAAAAAAAACGGCAAUUUUCGGAUUUUUAGUAAAAACUUCAAAAACCAAAUUUAUAGGAAUCUCAUUCAAUGCACACAUUUACACAAAAUCCUCAUUCCUUGGUUUAUCAAUUGGUGUCGCAAAUAUUGGUGAAGGUGUCCUAACUCUUCAAAAUUAUGACAAUGAACAAUACACUUUCACAUUUCCAAGUGGUUACGGUAGAUCAAUUAUGAGCACACCAUGGGUUGAAUUGGGCGGAAAAGUGAAAGUUGUUUGUGAGCAAACUGGUUAUUUUGCCGAUGUUGAAUUUUUGACAAAACCAUUUUUUGGCGGAAAACCACAUCGGAUUCAAGGAUCGAUUUAUAAAGAAGGACAGAAAAAAGCGAUUCUUACAAUUCGUGGAGAAUGGAACAAUGUGAUGUAUGCAAAACCACAAAAUGGUGAAGAAUAUACUUUUAUUGAUGUGAAAUCGAAACCAGAAGUGAAGAAAGAAUGUGUUCCAGUUAUGCAACAAGGAAAACGUGAAAGCAGAAGGUAAUUUUGAUAUACAUUCCAGAAGUCUCUAGGGUGUUGUUUGUUAACUUAUGAAGGAAGUACUGUAGGUUUCGUUAUUUUUUGAAAUUCCAAACUUUUCUCAGAUUUGACUAUUUCAAAAAAUUUCCACUUGAAUUUUUUGGUCCCAGAAAUUCUUCAAUCCGUUUUGAAUUCGAUUUAUAAUUAUGCAAAAAAGAGCUCUAAUUUCUAUGAACUACAAAAUAUUUCUUCACAAACUAAAAUUUUACAGAUUGUGGCGCCACGUAACUGCUGCUCUUUUGAGAAAUCGUAUACAAAUUGCAACAACAUCAAAACGAUUUAUUGAGCAAAGACAACGAAAAGAAGCAAAAGAGAGAUUGGAGAAUUCGGAAAAAUGGAAUCCGGAACUUUUCGAAACAACUGAUACGGAUGGUGAAUGGGUUUUCAAAAAGAAAUUGGAUAAUCGCAAUGUGGUAUAA